AUGUGGAUUGCACCAGUCGUGCGAUUUUCAAAGCUGGAAGAGGAGCGUCGACUAAAAGCCGAGCGUGGAUCGAGUCUCCUUGCAAAAAUGGCCAGCAUGCAGCGUAAGUUGUUUGCCGCUAGUGCGCAGCUUGGGGAUGUCGUGGAGGCAAGUGAGAAGACGACUGUUCAGUCACUGCAAGUUUCAAAGGUGGAGGAGGAGCGUCGACUAAAAGCCGAACGUGGAUCGAGUCUCAUUGCAAAGAUGGCGAGAAUGCAGCGUAAGCUGUUUGCCGCGAGUGCGCAGCUCGAGGAUGUCAUGCAGGCAAAGGAAAAGACGACUGUUCAAUCACCUCAGGCGAAGGCGGAAGAAGCGAAGCCUGAGGACUUUUCCCACGACUCGAACAACCUCUCAAGACUUGCGGUCUUGGGACCGUUUGCGCUUGUUGACCGACUUAAGGUGCUGGAGAAGAAACCGUCCGCUCUGAAAUGCGUAAUCUGCCUCGAGGAGGUAUCAGUGGACUCGCAGCACGCUCUGGUGGUUCCCGCAUACGCCGCUCCUUCCACGGUCCUCUUUACGCCCCCGCCCUGCCCUCACGCUGUAUUCUCUGAAUCCGAGGGUACUUCAAGUCCUCGUUACUGCGCUAGCGCUGAUUGGACGUGGAUUGACCGUCAUUUGACAGCCAUCGCGACGUCAGCGGUCGCCGCGUUGGUUGGCAAUGAAUGGGCGCUACCCUCUCCGCUUCCCCGCCUCCUGGCUUACCUACCCUCCUGUGUAAUCGGCACGAGCGGAAAGAAUAAGAUAAAACCACAGCCUGCCGCCACCCUUUCUACAGAACCAGGUACCGCCCCCCCUCGUUCUCACCUUCUUUCCGCUGUGUAA